AUGUCCUCUGUCCCUGUGUCCUCUGUCCCUGUGUCCUCUGUCCCUGUGGCGUCAGUCCCUGUGUCUCCAGUCCCUGUGUCCUCUGUCCCUGUGUCCUCUGUCCCUGUGUCCUCUGUCCCUGUGUCCUCUGUCCCUGUGUCCCCUGUCCCUGUGUCCUCUGUCCCUGUGUCCUCUGUCCCUGUGUCCUCUGUCCCUGUGUCCUCUGUCCCUGUGUCCCCUGUCCCUGUGUCCUCUGUCCCUGUGUCCUCAGUCCCUGUGUCCUCUGUCCCUGUGUCCUCUGUCCCUGUGUCCUCUGUCCCUGUGGCUCCCUGUGGCGUCAGUCCCUGUGGCGUCAGUCCCUGUGCUCCUCAGUCCCUGUGUCCCCAGUCCCUGUGUCCCCAGUCCCUGUGUCCCCAGUCCCUGUGUCCCCAGUCCAUGUGUCCCCAGUCCAUGUGUCCCCAGUCCAUGUGUCCCCAGUCCAUGUGUCCCCAGUCCAUGUGUCCCCAGUCCAUGUGUCCUGAGUCCCUGUGUCCUGAGUCCCUGAGUCCCUGUGUCCUCAGUCCCUGUGUCCUCAGUCCCUGUGUCCCCUGUCCCUGUGCUCCUCAGUCCCUGUGCUCCUCAGUCCCUGCGUCCCCAGUCCCUGUGCUCCUCAGUCCCUGUGUCCCCAGUGCCUGUGUCCCCUGUCCCUGUGUCCUCAGUCACUGUGUCCCCUGUCCCUGUGUCCCCUGUCCCUGUGCUCCUCAGUCCCUGUGUCCCCAGUCCCUGUGUCCCCAGUCCCUGUGUCCCCAGUCCCUGUGUCCCCAGUCCAUGUGUCCCCAGUCCAUGUGUCCCCAGUCCAUGUGUCCCCAGUCCAUGUGUCCCCAGUCCAUGUGUCCCCAGUCCAUGUGUCCCCAGUCCAUGUGUCCUGAGUCCCUGUGUCCUGAGUCCCUGUGUCCUGAGUCCCUGUGUCCUGAGUCCCUGUGUCCUGAGUCCCUGUGUCCUGAGUCCCUGUGUCCUGAGUCCCUGUGUCCUGAGUCCCUGUGCUCCUCAGUCCCUGUGCUCCUCAGUCCCUGUGUCCCCAGUGCCUGUGUCCCCUGUCCCUGUGUCCUCAGUCACUGUGUCCCCUGGCCCUGUGUCCCCUGUCCCUGUGCUCCUCAGUCCCUGUGUCCCCAGUCCCUGUGCUCCUCAGUCCCUGUGCUCCUCAGUCCCUGUGCCCUCAGUCCCUGUGCUCCUCAGUCCCUGUGUCCUCAGUCCCUGUGUCCUCAGUCCCUGUGUCCUCAGUCCCUGUGUCCUCAGUCCCUGUGUCCUCAGUCCCUGUGUCCUCAGUCCCUGUGUCCUCAGUCCCUGUGGCUCCCUGUGCUCCUCAGUCCCUGUGCUCCUCAGUCCCUGUGUCCCCAGUCCCUGUGUCCCCAGUCCCUGUGUCCUCAGUCCCUGUGUCCUCAGUCCCUGUGUCCUCUGUCCCUGUGUCCUCAGUCCCUGUGUCCUCAGUCCCUGUGCUCCCCAGUCCCUGUGUCCCCAGUCCCUGUGUCCCCAGUCCCUGUGUCCUCAGUCCCUGUGUCCCCAGUCCCUGUGUCCCCAGUCCCUGUGUCCCCAGUCCCUGUGCUCCUCAGUCCCUGUGCUCCUCUGUCCCUGUGUCCCCAGUCCCUGUGUCCCCAGUCCCUGUGCUCCUCUGUCCCUGUGUCCCCAGUCCCUGUGUCCCCAGUCCCUGUGUCCCCAGUCCCUGUGCUCCCCAGUCCCUGUGCUCCCCAGUCCCUGUGUCCCCAGUCCCUGUGCUCCCCAGUCCCUGUGCUCCCCAGUCCCUGUGCUCCCCAGUCCCUGUGCUCCUCUGUCCCUGUGUCCCCAGUCCCUGUGUCCCCAGUCCCUGUGUCCUCAGUCCCUGUGUCCCCAGUCCCUGUGUCCCCAGUCCCUGUGUCCCCAGUCCCUGUGCUCCUCAGUCCCUGUGCUCCUCUGUCCCUGUGUCCCCAGUCCCUGUGUCCCCAGUCCCUGUGCUCCUCUGUCCCUGUGUCCCCAGUCCCUGUGUCCCCAGUCCCUGUGUCCCCGUGUCCUCAGUCCCCGUGUCCUCAGUCCCUGUGUCCUCAGUCCCUGUGUCCCCAGUCCCUGUGUCCCCAGUCCCUGUGUCCCCAGUCCCUGUGUCCCCAGUCCCUGUGUCCCCAGGUCCCCGUGUCCCUGUGUCCCCAGUCCCUGUGUCCCUCAGUCCCUGUGUCCCCAGUCCCUGUGCUCCUCAGUCCCUGUGCUCCCCAGUCCCUGUGUCCUCUGUCCCUGUGUCCCCAGUCCCUGUGUCCCCAGUCCCUGUGUCCCCAGUCCCUGUGUCCCCAGUCCCUGUGUCCUCAGUCCCUGUGCUCCUCAUCCCUGUGUCCCCAGUCCCUGUGCUCCCCAGUCCCUGUGCUCCCCAGUCCCUGUGCUCCCCAGUCCCUGUGUCCCCAGUCCCUGUGUCCCCAGUCCCUGUGUCCUCUGUCCCUGUGGCGUCAGUCCCUGUGGCGUCAGUCCCUGUGUCCUCAGUCCCUGUGCUCCUCAGUCCCUGUGCUCCUCAGUCCCUGUGUCCCCAGUCCCUGUGUCCCCAGUCCCUGUGUCCCCAGUCCCUGUGUCCCCAGUCCCUGUGUCCCCAGUCCCUGUGUCCCCGUGUCCCCAGUCCCUGUGUCCCUCAGUCCCUGUGUCCCCAGUCCCUGUGCUCCUCAGUCCCUGUGCUCCCCAGUCCCUGUGUCCUCUGUCCCUGUGUCCCCAGUCCCUGUGUCCCCAGUCCCUGUGCUCCUCAGUCCCUGUGCUCCUCAGUCCCUGUGCUCCUCAGUCCCUGUGCUCCUCAGUCCCUGUGUUCCCCAGUCCCUGUGUUCCCCAGUCCCUGUGUCCCCAGUCCUUGUGUCCCCAGUCCCUGUGUCCUCAGUCCCUGUGUCCUCAGUCCCUGUGUCCUCAUCCCUGUGCUCCCCAGUCCCUGUGUCCCCAGUCCCUGUGUCCCCAGUCCCUGUGUCCCUGUGUCCCCAGUCCCUGUGUCCUCAGUCCCUGUGUCCUCAGUCCCUGUGUCCUCAGUCCCUGUGCUCCUCUGUCCCUGUGCUCCCCAGUCCCUGUGCUCCCCAACUCUCAGAGCAGAGGCUGCAACACAUGACCUCCUCCUCCUCCCUGACCUCCUCCUCCUCACACUCUGACCUCCUCCUCCUCCUCCACACACUCUGA